CCAUGCAACAACACUUCUUCUAAGACAAAACCUACCAUGGCUUAUCUUAUCAUCUUGGUUAUUUUACCUGCUUUUUUGGACAUCUCUGCCGCAAAAAGAGAGACUUGCGAAUUACAGGCUGCCAUUGGGAUACGGAUAACCAUCUGUCCAUUUGUCUACGAAAAACUUACCAACACUGAAAAACUGGUAUGGCUGCACAAUGGCACUGUUAUUUACCAACAGGACAAAGGUAAAGUGUCUGUGGGCAAACCAGAAGACAUCACAUCCAGUGGAUCUCUGGUGUUGACCAACCCAAAAUUCACAAGUGCAGGAAAAUACCAAGCUGAAGUCUACAACAUGACUGGUGCUCAGAUGAAAUCAUGGAGUAGUUUUCUAUGUGUGAUGGAAAAAGUACCCAAGCCUACAGUGAGUUAUAGCUGUGACAAGAAAUCUGUUAUCUUCAGUUGUAACACAGGCAAAGCUCAAGAUGUGCGCUAUUCCUGGACAAUGGAUGAGAAGAUGUUAACAGGAGAGACAAGAUCGACUCUUACAAUAUCUUUGAGCAAACUUAAAUCUGUGAACAGUUUUACCUGUACUGUGUUCAACCAGGUCAGCAAUGAGAUAAGUGACAAUGUAAAUCCUGUCUGUGCAAGUAAAUCACCUUCAACACAAAAUCUGAUGUGUUUUCAACAAAAAACUGUCAUGGCGGUGCUAGCAGGAGCAGCAGGUAUCGUCAUAAUUUUGGUCAUCGUUAUCAUUGCGUUAUGUUUCUGCCGGCGACAAAACAAAACGCCCAAGCGUAAGGAGAAAGAGGAGCCCAGAAUGCUGUCUUUAACCAGGAGAGAGCCAGAAGCGGAUUAUGAAACGAUGCAUGCGCCGCAGACUUCUCAAGAACCAAGUCCAAAGGCUUCUCCAAAAGCAGAGCACAGCAAAACCAUAAAUGAAGUCGAAGCAGUAGGUGAUUCUCUGCAGCUAGCUGUGCCAAAACAAGGACAUGACCCCUCCCCUGUGCCCAAACCAAGGACCAAGAGACCCAACACACCAGACAUCUGAAAGAUACAUAGAAACUGGGUCCUCCCUAUGUUCCCUGGAAACAUAGGUACUUUUUGAUGGUGGAGCAAUCUAUGUAGUUUAUAUCUCAAAUGGAUUAUGGCAAGUGUUAGAACAGGUAGAAUGGUUAAGUUAAGGAUGGGUA